CGCAGAUUUCGUUUGACAAUCUUAUCAUGAAUAACAACAAACUUUUUUUUGAGUAAUAUUAAAAAACUCAGUAAGGUAUUCAAUAGUUAUUGUUAAUUGCUGUUUUCGUGAUAAUUAUUACAAUACUCUGUUUUUUAUAAUUUCUAUACGGAUAGUGGAAAACUAGUUCUAAAUACAUAUUUACUUGUGCUGGGCCGAUCUAAAAUGAGAAAAAAUUAAAAACAAUAAAAUCCCAUCAGACAGUGCGUAAAUUUUCGAAAGAAAAAAAAACAACUGAAAAUGGCAUCUAUGUUCGAUCAGUACUCGUCGGCGUUGAUCCGCGAGAACACCAGCGAGCCGGAUCCAUCCAAUCGGCCACAAUCGUCGGGCUACGUAAGCGUACGCAUCAAGAAGGAACCACCCAUUUUUUCCAAGCAAAAGAUGCAAAUCAGCCUCAAGGCACCGAUUCUGUUCCUAUCGGUGCAGAACAAUUGGACCAUGAUUCUGAUGGCGGAUUUGACGAUCCUUCGGAUGAACAUCGAACAAUCGGAUAAGUACACUUUGGUGUCGAUCGACAAGUACGUCGCCGGGUUUAGGUGCUCCAAUCUGUUUCUGGAUCCGGUGGGAGCUCAUCUGUUCAUCACGCUGGCUCCCAAAACGCCGGGUCUUCCGUACGAAUUGCUUUACCUGCAGCGCAACAGCUUCAAGCCAAAGUUUAUUCCAAAGCUCAAGGAUCAAGAAAUAACGGCCAUUGCAUUCAACAACUCGAAUAAUUCCGACAUGAUGACCGGACCAAUUCUGCUGGGUACGAGCAAAGGAACGAUCUGGGAGGCCGACAUCGGCAUAGACAGUGCCGAUAAACUGGUGCAACAAAACAUCAGACAAGUUUUCGACAUGAGACGUAACGACGGCAAGCCCAAUCCUAUCACCGGGAUUGAGUUCCACGUGCGACAGGAUCAAAAGAACGUACAUUGUGUGAUCCUGGUGCUCACACUCGAGAGAAUAUAUAAAUUUCACGAAACGCUCAGCCCGUCCGACGGGAAAAUGGCGUCGGGGCAGCUGCAAAAGAUUUUUGAACCAUACUUGAACAUUCCUGAACACAUAGUAAGUAAUUACGAAAUCGUGAGAAGUCAUCUGAACUACUCAAAACUGGCGUUCAACCGCGAGGAAGAUUUCCCGAAAAGUUUUGGCUGCUUGACCGAGGAUGGAAUCAACUUCCAGGAGAUAAAUCCUAAAACGAACACCCUUGAGUUUGCCCCAGUCGAAGUGAUUCCGUAUCCGCCGCAGGAGGACAUGGUUCAGCAGCAUCCGGAGAAUUCCUACAAAGUGGCUCCAAAGCUGAACACUCCGCUAUCGUUCGUUCUGACCGACUUCCACGCUAUAUUGCUGUACACGGACCACGUUACGGCCAUAUCUCUGUUGAACUACCAGAUCGUCUAUGAGGAGUACUUUGUCGAGCAGCUCGGCAAGUUGUGCAAUGUGUUGAAGGACUUGCACUCCAACACAACGUACGUCUACAGCAAUAAGAUGAUUUUUAGAUAUAAGAUUAACAACGAACAACGCAACGCAUGGCGGUUGUAUGCAGAACGACAAAAGUUCGACCUGGCGCUGCAAUACUGCAACGACAAUCCCGCCCACCGGGACAUUGUGCUGGUUCAGAAGGCCCAGUCCUUAUUCGUUCUGGGAAAAUAUUUGGAAGCGGCACGUAUUUAUUCCGAUACGCAGCUCAGCUUCGAGGAGGUCUGCCUGAAGUUCUUGGAGCGUACUCAGAACGAUGCACUGAUGUUGUAUCUGCAGAACCGUUUGGACAAGUUGAAAUCGAAAGAGAAGACCCAAACUACGAUGCUCAUCGUUUGGAUAGUCGAAUUGUUUUUGGUAGAAAUUUCGCGGAGCGCAGGAAGUAAUCCCGAACGCGAGCGGAUGCUGCAAAAAGAGUUCGACGCGUUUAUGAGAAAAAGUAUUGUGGUCGACUGUAUGCAGAAAAAUCGGUCGGUAAUUUACGAUCUGAUGGCGUCGCACGGAGAUAGUUACAAUCUUACAAAGCUGACGAUGAACAAUCAAGACUUUGAAGGCGUCAUUCAGCAGUAUAUUAACCAAAACAAGCUGGAAGACGCUUUAGGUAUGCUACGAGCGCAAAAUAGUCAAGAACUGAUCUAUAAGUAUGCACCCAUAAUCAUGGAAGAACUUCCCACGGAAACGGUCGCCGUGCUGAUUAACCAAGGAAAACGAUUGAAUCCAAUAAAGUUGAUUCCUUCGUUACUUUGCCUAGAAAGUACGAAGCACAUUGCAGAGAUAGUUAAAUACCUUGAAUACUGCAUUCAUUCGACCCACUGCUCCGAGCCCGCUGUGCAUAACUAUCUCAUUCAACUUUACAGCGAGCAUUUCCCCGAUAAACUACUGACAUUUUUGGAAACACAAGGCAAUGAAAUCAGCAUGAUUAGCUAUGAUGCCCACUACGCGCUGAGAAUCUGCCUCAAGCACCAAAUAAGGGAUGCCAGCGUUUUUCUUCAAACACUUUUGAACAUGUGGGUACCAGCGGUAGAGUUGGCACUGACUUUCGACACUCAACUUGCGAAACAUACAGCAUCACAGCCAAGCGAUAAAAGCCUGCGUAAAAAACUGUGGCUUACCAUUGCCGAAAAGGAGAUCCGCGACAAACAGGAAAAUGUCCAGGAAGCCCUGCAAAUACUCAAGGAGUGCGAUCUCCUACGGAUCGAGGACCUGUUGCCGUACUUUUCCGACUUUCAAAAGAUCGAUCACUUCAAGGAGGCGAUUUGCGAGUCACUCAAGGAGUACAACAUCAAGAUACAGGAACAGCGGAAAGACAUGGAAGAUUCGGCCAUAUCGGCUGAGAGGGUGCGCAGCAAAUUGCAAACCUUCCGCAAUCGGUCCGUGCACAUUGGAGCUCACGAACAGUGCGCCAUCUGCGGGGUUUAUCUGCUGAUGAAACCGUUCUUCAUAUUCCAUUGCGGGCACAAGUUUCACGGUGAUUGCCUGGAGACUAGGCUUUUGCCUCAAUUGAAACCGGAAGUAUUGCACCACUUGGAGAGCUUAAAGCAACAGUUGACCGUGGCACAGAAUCAACCGCAAGACACCAUCAGCGGGAUUUCCACUAACAAGGAGCACCUCAAGAGUCAAAUCGAGGACAUCCUAGUAUCGGAUUGUCUUUUCUGUGGUGAGGUGAUGAUUAGCACCAUUGAUAGAUCGUUCAUAGAUAACUGGGAACGAGUCGAUAGUGAUUGGCAAUAGUGAAUACAGUUUGUUGCACAUUAUAAGGUCACGAAUAUUACUCUACUAAAUAAAAAUAAUAAGUCGAAGAA